AUGUCUGGAGACUCUGCUGAGGUGGCGGAGGAUUACCGCCUUGCCUUGGAAGAUCUUUCUGGCAAUCUGCGCUUCGAGAUUAGCAACCUGACUGUUAUUGCUCGAGAGAAUACUGAACAUGCCCUAGCGAUCGCGGAAGUUUUGCAGCAACACAUCCUCAAGGCGGCUCCAAGCAAGAAACUCCCAGCUUUGUACGUACUAGACUCGAUUGUCAAGAAUGUUGGCACCCCAUACACGCUCUACUUCGGUCGCAAUCUCUUCAAAACAUUUAUGGAAUCAUACGCCGUAGUCGAUCAGCCCGUGCGUCGUAAAAUGGAGGAGAUGCUUAGAACAUGGAAGGAGCCUGUUCCUGGAUCUAUGGACAGCAGACCUGUGUUUUCUCACGAGUUGGUGCGACCUAUUGAGAAUGCGCUCUUGAAGGCACGAGCUGCAACAAUGCCCCAAGCGGGAAUGAUGCCUGGGCGACCGCGAUCUGCUGUGCCGCAUCGUGACACCCCGACACCACCUGGAAUGAGACUCCCACCGGGUCAUCCAGCUCAACAAUACACAUCAAAUGGAGGACAGUCAUUGAGCAAUGACAUUCGGAAUCUAAUUGUUGCCACGCAGGCGGAAGCCUCGAGGAACCCCCAUGACCCUGGUGUUCAGACUAGAUUAAGAGCACUUCAUGACCUGCAGGGCAUUGUGAACAGCACUAGCUUGCCCCCGGACCAGCUUGAGCUCAUUAAGAACAAAGUAACUGAACUUGCUGCUGUAAACAUGAUGGCGCCUCUGACCCAAAGGCCUGCGCCUACUCCUCCUGUGCCUGUUCAAGCACACUCUAUCCCAAUGCCUCCUGUGUCCGUAGCCCGUCCUCAGCCCGCAGCCCCGGCUCCGGCGCAAGAAGGUGUGACGCUUGAUGCGCUCUUGGGCAAGGGAGCGCUGGCAGCAUUGAUGGCAAGACAGUCGGCCACUCCUCAAAACUCGACACCCACUCCGCAGCCGCCUCCUGUUCAACAUGAACCACCAAAGCCAGCAAUGCCUGCGAUGUCUGCGAUGCCAGCCAUGAAUAUACCAGGUAUGCCUAUACCAACAAUGUCAGCAACACCGACCAUGCCAGCAGCAUCUACACCGGUGCCACCGCCAGCUGCAGCUUCAGCAGCGCCAUGGAGUCUCCUUGAUCAACUACGAAAGUCAGGCCUACUGCCACCUACACCUACACCUCCGCCUGCACCAGUACAGCAAGGCGGUAUCAAUGUGGCCGCUCUGAAGCAACCCUGUCAGUCUUCCUUGAUCCGACAGCUACAUAACGACUUGGGCCAACCUUGCACUCAAUGCGGUCGACGCUUCCGCGAUGAUGAGGCCGGGAAGAAGAAGAAGAUUGCCCAUAUGGACUGGCAUUUCCGUGUCCACCAACGAACCAAUGAGGCCGAGAAACGAGGCAUGCACCGGAGUUGGUACGUUGACCAAAGUGAGUGGCUUAAGUCAAGAGAGGUCAUCGAUGUUGACCACGUUCCAACGACUGAAGACGUUGCCGCGCAGGCCGUUAAAGCAUCAGAAGCCGCCAAGCCCAAGUACAUCCCCGUUCCUGACCCGUCUCGUGGUAUCAACCUUGUUUGUCCAAUUUGCCAGGAUCGCUUUGAGAAUAAAUGGCUCGACACUGCACAGGAAUGGGUAUGGCUAGACACAGUUCUAGUCGGUAAUCGUGCAUAUCAUGCUUCAUGUCACGCAGAAGCAACACGGGAUCGCGAAAAUACACCAGUGCUGGGUAAGAGGAAAGCGGAAACGAGUAUCGCGUCACCCAAAGGCGUAGUGAGGUACAGCUUUCAACCUCUGGCAGCCAGCUUCGAUUCUUCAAAUUAUAACUUUGGAGUCAGCCAACAACCACACGACACGACACGAAUUGACAACCACUGCUGGGUUGCACAGCCAGUAAAUUUUAUCCGUCAUCAUCCGGUCAUCGGCCAAAUUGAAGCGACCAUGGCAGUUGACUGCCCAAUCUGCAACAAGCCUGUAAAGCCGUCUGAGAUCAACAACCACAUCGACUCAGGAUGCGAGAAAUUCGUGAUAGAUAAGGAGAAGGAUCCAACGCCGCCGCAGUCACAGACAACUCAAAGUAAUUCACAAAAACGAAACGCCUCGAAUUUCUUUUCUACGCCCGCCCCGAAACGACAAGCUGCUUCUGAAAACCGAACAGCUACGCCUGUUAAAGAAGUUUUGCAGCCAAUAGCAAGGAGAAAAAGAACAUUUGAAGAGGGUCCUGGCGAUGGGCUCGGAGGGAGCACAAAGGACGCCGACGAUGCUACGAAUGGGGAUGCUGUCAACGGAACAAGUGGCUGGGAUAAAGCAACCGAGCAAGAUGGAAGAGUGACGAAAAAGACAAAAACACAACGAGCCGCGCCCUUAGCUGAAAGAAUGCGACCACGAACCCUUGACGAAGUGUGCGGACAAGAUCUUGUUGGGCCGACCGGCGUUCUACGAUCCCUCAUCGAGUCGAAUCAAGUACCCUCGAUGAUUCUCUGGGGUGCUUCAGGGACAGGAAAGACUACGAUAGCGCGCUGUAUAGCACAUAUGGUUGGCAGUCGGUUCAUUGAGCUCAAUGCCACUAGCACAGGGGUCAGUGAAUGCAAGAAGUUCUUCCAGGAGGCGACCAACGACCUUGCUCUUACUGGUCGCAAGACGAUUAUCUUUUGCGACGAGAUCCAUCGCUUCAACAAGGCCCAACAGGAUGUGUUUCUCAAGCCCGUCGAGGCUGGCACUGUGACUCUCAUUGGUGCUACGACGGAAAACCCAUCUUUCAAGGUAGCAAGCGCUCUGCUCUCACGUUGUCGUACAUUCACGCUCCGAUCUCUCACAACUGAGGAUGUGGUGCGCAUUUUGCAGCGAGCUAUCAAGGAGGAAGAGGCGGUAUAUCCAUCAACACCACUUCUGGAUGAAGCCAUGGUCACAUAUCUUGCCCGUUUCGCUGAUGGCGACGCUCGCACUGCCUUGAACCUCCUCGAAUUGGCUCUUUCACUCACGAAACGUGAUGGCAUCACUCAAGAGGAUAUCAAGGCCGCUCUUACGAAGACCCUUGUAUAUGACCGUGCAGGAGACCAACACUACGACACCAUUUCUGCCUUCCACAAGUCUGUACGAGGAAACGAUGCCGAUGCGGCACUCUACUAUCUUGCCCGCAUGCUUCAAUCAGGCGAGGACCCUCUAUUCAUCGCCCGGCGCAUGGUUGUCAUUGCCUCUGAAGAUGUCGGACUGGCAGACAACACCCUACUGCCUCUCGCAACGGCUACAUAUACAGCCACGCAACAAAUCGGUAUGCCUGAAGCACGCAUUCCUCUCGCACACUGCGCCCUUGCACUGUGUAACGCUCCUAAGAGUACCAAAGCGUACCGCGCUCUCAACAACGCCUACGCAGCUCUUCGUGAACCAGGUGUGGCUGGUCUGCCUGUGCCUCUUCAUCUGCGCAACGCGCCUACACGACUUAUGCGUGAUAUGGGAUAUGGAGCUGAAUACAAGUAUCCACCAAACUACCGUGAUGGACGAGUGAAACAGACGUACUUGCCCGACGACCUUGUUGGGCGUCGUUUUGUUGAAGACCGGGAUUUGGGUACAGAGGUCGACCCGGAUCUUGAGAUGGGUGGAAUAUAA